AUGGCGACCUCCACCGCCACCUACGUCUCGGAGGAGCUGAUGGUGGUGUGGCUGCUGCUCAUCGUCACCAUCGUCACCUCCUACUUCAUCCAGCGCCAGCGUUUCCGCUGGCUGCCGCCCUCCAGCUCCGCCAUGCUGCUGGGCAUCGGCGCGGGGGUGGCCAGCCGCAUCGCGGGCCUGGCCCAGCCCCUGCGCUUCAGCCCCGCCGCUUUCUUCUACGCCCUGCUGCCGCCCAUCGUCUUCCAGGCGGGAUUUGCGCUGAAAAAGAAGGAGUUCUUUGCCAACUCCGGCGCCAUCCUGACGUAUGCGGUUCUGGGCACCUUCAUCUCCGCCCUCGUCUUCGGCCUCUGCACCUACCUGCUGGUGCUCAUCGGCCUGGUGCGGCGCAGCCACCUGGCGGGCUCGCCCUUUGUCGAGUGCCUGGCAUACGGCGCCGCCAUCAGCUCGAUCGACCCUGUGGCCACCCUGGCGGUGCUGGCAGAUGUGGAGGUGCCCCCGCUCCUGUUCAACUUAGUAUUUGGAGAGUCGGUUCUGAAUGACGCGGUGGCUAUCGUGCUCUUCCGCUCCCUCUCCGAUUUCGCUGACAAGCCCAUGGGCUUGGGCACGCUGCCAGCCGUCAUGCUGCGGUUCUGCGUGCUGGCACUGGGCUCGCUGCUGAUCGGGGCGGGCGUGUCGCUGGCAUGCGCCUUUGUGCUCAAGCGCUUCGACCGGCUGGAUGCCUCGGGUGGGUGGCUUGGUGUGAUCACUCUGCGCCACUUCUUCGAGUUUGCCGCCUUCCUGUGCGAGAUGUUUGUGUUUGCCUACCUGGGCCUGCAGGUGGCCACCAUGAAGCACGGCUUCGACUUUGGGCUGCUGGUGUCGGGCAUCCCGCUGGCUGUCGCCUCCCGCGCCGCCAACAUCGGCGCCUGCUCGCGCCUGGUCAACCUGUGGCGUACCCACAAGCUGCCGCGCAACCUGCAGGCGAUGCUGCUGGCGGUGGGGCUGCGAGGAGCGGUGGCCUACGGCCUCAUCGUCAACCUGCCGCGCUCCGACCAGCCCGGGCAGACAGGCAUCCCAGCCAUCGAGACGGCGGCGCUGCUGAUUGUGGUGGUGACCACGCUGGGCCUGGGGUCCGCCACAGCCCCCCUGCUGCGCUACUUCGACCUGGAGGGCAAGGACGAUGCGGCGCUGUAUGGCCUGACAGACAUGGAGGGGCUGGGCGACGCGAUGGCCGGGGGCGGCCAGGGCGGCGCCAACCGCAUCAAGCUGGAGCAGCCCUCUGCCUUCCACGACUGGUUCAAGGCUCUGGACGAAGAGUACCUCAAGCCUCUGUUUGGGGGCAGGCAGGGCAGCGAGCGCGGGCGCAGCCCCAGCGCGCAGGAGGCGGGCGGGUAUGCGGGGAUCCAGAUGCAGCAGCCGCCGCCGGCGGGCGGAGGAGGCGAGUAG